AUGCAACGUUGCUAUCACGUGGAGUACUUCCUUUUACCAGAUGAUCUCGUUCCUAGAAAACUGGAUUUGGUAGUGUUUGGGACGGUUGCAAAGCUGCUUGCAGAACCUGAUUCCAAGACUAUUAUGCCAUGGUUUGAAAAUGACCAGAUGUGGAUAUCAUGGAACCAUAGUACUGAUAUCAAUGUCACCAACGAAUAUCUAAUAAAACUAAGGGAUCACAAAAUAACUUUAAAACUCUGGGAUGCCAAGGACAAAGUUUCUUCUAAAGCAAGGCUUAGUAAACCAAGCUUUGUUUCUUCUCUAGAAAGAGAUGCAGAGGCUGUUGGUGGGGUAAAACACACAGUGCUAUUGCAAAGAAAAUUCUUUGAAGAGAGUCAGCCACCACCCAGCUGUACAAAAAUUAAAGAAGCAAAGAAAUCCAAAGCACAGAAAGAGUCUUCAGCCCUUCCUGUCAAAGAAGAAACAGAUUGGAAUGAAGCAGGAGCAUCUAGUUAUGGUUUACCACAUCCUUCAAGGACGGAUGAUGUCCUUACAGUGAGAGGUGUGAUAUUUGCAAAAGACAGAUCUGUGGAUAAGGCCCAACUUCUGAAGCAGAAAGCAGUUGCUGGACCUCCAGGAAAUAUAAUUUCAGAAGCUGAAAAAACAACCAAUAGUGUGGGAAGUCUGAUGUAUCAAGCCGACAAAAUAGCUAUCAUUAAUGGUAAAAGAGGUUCUGCUGCUAAAGACGUUGAUGCUACUACAGCAAAGAAAUACGACGUUGCUUUGCUGCAGUUGGACCUCAUGCCUCUCCUCUCAGGAGAAAAAUCAGUGAUCAGUCGACUGGAAGAAAACAAUCCGAUAGUUUUAGAUGCUUAUGCGACUUUCACUGUAGAAACACCUCUCCUGUCUGAAAGACAAAGACAUGAAUUGAACCCACUGAUUAUAAAGAUUUAUUCGGCUACCUGUCUCCCAAACACCCCUGUACCAAUAGAAGUGCUGCAGAGAUUGUGCAUUCCCACCUACUGCAAAUACAAAUUUCACAACUUUCCACCUCAUCAAACUCAUGGGCAAAUCCAUGGAACUCAUGUCUAUUUUAAGGAUGUGAAUGUACUUCUAACAGGAACAAUGAAACCUGGGGAAUUAAAGAGGUAUCUUAGAGGUCCACCUUUGGAGAUUGAAGUUCAUGAUCGGGAUAGAAGCAUGGAAGACAACACAAAAAUGCCGUGUUUGUUUGGGGAGGAUCAAGCAGAUAAAAACGUGGGUGAGGUGAGCCUCCCUGCUUGCAAAUCCACGAUCUAUAAUUCUUUUAUGGAGAGCAAAGUGUGGCAUCCACAUGGGGUAGCUAAAGUCAGUCUAACAGAUCUGUUGUUGGGUAAAAAGUUCUUGGCUAUCAGUGCACCCAUUCAUAGCUGUUCAGUUCCAAAUACAGGUGCUUUCAACAAGGAGGAUAAAAAUGAGAAAAUAACAGAAUCUGUUGAUACUUCUCUAUUACCUAUGGGACAUUAUCUACAAUCAGACUCACUUUUGAAAGUACGAGUGGAAAUAGCAGUGCCAUUGGGAAUUCAUGCAGAAAUUGCUGAUGCCCAAGUCACAAAUUGCCCAUACGGUUAUAUAAUCUACAUUUUUGGCUACAGUAAUUCAUCUUUAUUACAUGAUUUGGUGGAAGAGAUUACAGAAAUCAAUGCUAAUGCCCUCCAGCUGCACAGUUAUCCUGUACACAUAAUUGGAAUGGCUCUUGCUGCAUUAAUACUGAAAACCACACUUGAGAAGGUUUGUGAGUUGGAUGUUGUUACUGGUUUUCACUUGCUGGAUGGAGCAACUCAUCUCUUUGUCUUGGAGGGAUUAAAAGACAAGGCAAUCAAGAGACUCUGGGAUAAGCACUUUGAAAGGACUUACAGACAUGAAGAUGGACAACUGGAAAUACUAUAUAAUUCACAACUGUCUUUCAGUCAACGCCUGUAUACAGACCUGGAAGCUAUCUUUUAUCAUUUCUGCCUCUGUAUGCCCCUCUUCACUAUAGUAAAACAGCCUCUGCUUUAUGUCAGAGGUAUGAUUCCUUGGGCAUGUUUCCAAGCCUUGUCCAGGGGAAAAAAAAUCAGCACGUUGGCUGCUGUGCACAACUUGCUAGAUAGCUGCAGGCUCAGUUACCUCUGUCAGUGUAAGAGGUUGAGGGAUGUGAUUCAUGGGGACCUGCUGCCCUCAGCAGAAAUGAUCACAGUCUUGAGUCAAGAGUAUGGAGUACCAUUAACUGAUGAGGAUCUCUUCACUCAGAAACCUCCUAUGCCCUUAUUUUCCUCUGAUGCUUGUAUAUUAUCAGAAGAAUUUAGCAGAGAGAAAAAGACAGUAUAUUCUUCAUUAGACAACUACAAUGAGAAGUAUGUGCAGUGGAAGAAAGAAAUGGCAGAAAAAAUGUCUUUUGAGAGAAACCACAUUAGGGCAGAACUCACAUGUAAUCUCUGUUUGCAGGCUAACAUUGAUGCUAUAUGUCAACUUAAAGGAAAGAUGAAAAAGCCAAAGUUUGAAGCUUUCAGGAUUUAUCCUGUUAAUGGCAAAUCUGUUUAUAACUACAGCUCUCAGAGCCUGAAUUCUGCAGAACUUGCAAAGAAAUAUAUUCGCCAGGAAAUGGCAAAGGAACCAAAGAACAGAUUCACUUACUGUCCUGAGUACCUGUCAGCUACAUUUGACCCAGUUGAUGUGGUUGCUGCCUGUAAGGAAUCCUCUGCAAAAUCCAAGAGCAUGUGGCUGUCACCAGAUGGAUUUGUAUUUCCUGGAUUUAAGAGCAGUAUUGAAAGCAACCUGCACCCUCAGAUGCCUGACGAGGCACGUCUGGAGGAGUUAAGCCAGAAAUGGCAGGCGAAUGCUCUGCAUGCUAACAUGGAGCCAGUGCUGUCACGAGACAGAUGGAGCUGGGACAAACGGCACGUUGAUUUUGAUCUCUACACAAAGCCGCCUGUGACAACAGCCCCACUGACAGAUGCUACUCGGGUUGUGCAAACUGCAUUUGAUGAUACCAAGAUGAAAGUUCACCGGUGCUCUGCUGCAGCUGAAUUAUCCACACGCGGGCCAAGAGCCAGUUGUCAGCUACAGAAGCUCCAAGGACUUCUGAAAGAUGAACCUCUGAAAUUCUCACUCAGGAAGCCAGGACUAAUUUUGAAGCCUAUCCCAGCCCUGUCAGUGUUGGACAAUCAACUGUCUCAAAACAGUGCGGAUGUCCUACCAGGCAAGAGGAAGAGCAUCUGUUAUGGCUUUGUACCAGGUCCUGAAGGUCAGCACAGCCUGAAGUGGAGCAAGAAUAUUAUCCCCUGCCACAACAGAGAGCGUAAGGUGUUUGAAAAACUCAAAGGAGCAGAUUUCAAUUUAUUUUGCUAUAAACAUUCACUUAUUUACAAGCGUGACCAAUCAGCAAGAGGACGCACUGUUAUCAGUGCAGAACAGGAAGAUCCUCUCCAGAAUGAAAUGCCAGAGCCAGCUGUUACUCUGGACACAGGUAACUUGGUAAACAGAAAGCACUCAGCAAAUACCAGAGAAUUGGUAAAUGUGUACCUGUGACCUAAAAUAAUUGCCUUCUUAAUGAAAUCUGGCCAGCAAAUACUUCCCUAAGGCAAGUAAGUAGGACAGUUUCUUAAGUGUUGAAUGUGUCACAGGCUAAAACUGACUUGCUGAAGUAGGAGGUAACUACACUGUAUUUGGAGAUUACCAAGAGGCUAGGUUAAAAAAAAAAGUGUAAAUAGGCAUCGAGUUUGAAUAACGUUUAUGAAAAAUGUAUCAUCUUAUGACAUUUGUUUAGAUGACAAUUUAUCUUUAAAUAAAGUUUGUUUUUAUUUAAAAACAAACAAACAAACAAAAACAAUGGUUGUAUGUGUAAGGCUGAGGCCAAGAUGGAACAGAACAGGAAGUUCUGAUAAAUACAGGGAAAAAUUUCUAAACGAGAGUUGAGACAGACAGCACAACACCCAUCCUUUGAGAGACUCAAAGCUUGCCUGGACAAGGCAAUGCUGAUUGCACUUGGCCCUGCCGUUCACAAUGCAUUGGGCAAGUUGACUUCCCAAGGUCCCCUCCAAGCAAAAGUUGUUGUAAGUAAAUGGUCUUCCAGUAAGUAG